GCUUCCUGGUUUAUACAUAGCCUUCUUUCCCCGCAACCUAAACUCCGGCUUCGCGUAUACAGCUCCGCUAAGCCUUCCAGGUUAAUUGACUCCAUCUCUGUCUUCUUUGUUCAGCUCUGACUCUUCCUGUAUCUUCAACAGAGAAAUGUGGACUUCAAGUCCGCCACCACCCUACACUACUUCCGCAAUCCCUGCAGGCUUCCUGUUGCCAUGGCGACUGUGUACACAGCCAGUCAGCUAGCUGUUCUAGCUGCUUACAGAGCUCCCUCGAGUCGUUGCAGUUCUAGCGGUCGCUCUACCCGAGCGCCACUGCUUCGCGAGGUGAGCAGUGGUCACGAGCCGGUGGCGGCGUUAGCUAGAAUGGGUACUAGGAAAAAGGUUCAAACGUUUGUCCGAAUCAAGCCUACUGAUGACUUUGCUCAUGAAAUGAUCAAAUAUGGAGAAGACAACAAAAGCAUUGAUAUUCACUUGAAGAAAGACACCCGGAAAGGAGUUGUCAAUAACCAGCAGACAGACUGGUCAUUCAAGCUGGACGGAGUUCUUCACGAUGCCUCCCAGGACUUGGUUUAUGAAACCGUGGCCAAGGAAGCAGUUUCUCAGGCCCUUGAUGGAUACAAUGGUACCAUCAUGUGUUAUGGGCAGACUGGAGCUGGCAAGACAUACACCAUGACUGGGGCAACGGAGAAUUACAAGCACCGGGGUAUUCUCCCUCGUGCCCUGCAGCAGGUGUUUAGGAUGAUUGAAGAGCGCCCCACACACGCCAUCACCGUCCGUGUUUCCUACCUGGAAAUCUACAAUGAGAACCUGUUCGAUCUCCUGUCCACUCUGCCCUACGUGGGACCCUCAGUCACACCAAUGACCAUCGUGGAAAACCCUCAAGGGAUCUUCAUUAAAGGCUUGUCAGUGCAUCUCACCAGUCAGGAGGAAGAUGCCUUCAGUCUCCUCUUUGAGGGUGAGACCAACAGGAUCAUUGCCUCCCACACGAUGAACAAGAACUCAUCCAGGUCACACUGCAUUUUCACCAUCUACAUGGAGGCCCAUUCUCGGACCUUAUCAGAUGAAAAGUAUAUCACUUCCAAAAUCAACCUGGUAGAUCUGGCAGGCUCAGAGAGGCUCAGCAAGUCUGGGUCCGAAGGUAGAGUCCUAAAGGAAGCCACCUACAUCAAUAAGUCAUUGUCAUUCCUGGAGCAGGCCAUCAUUGCCCUUGGGGACCAGAAUCGGGACCACAUCCCUUUCCGGCAGAGCAAGCUCACCCAUGCCCUGAAAGACUCCUUAGGGGGAAAUUGCAAUAUGGUCCUCGUGACAAACAUCUAUGGAGAAGCUGCCCAGUUAGACGAAACGCUAUCUUCAUUGAGGUUUGCCAGCCGGAUGAAGCUGGUCACCACUGAGCCUGCCAUCAAUGAGAAGUAUGAUGCGGAGAGAAUGGUCAAGAACUUGGAGAAGGAACUGGCAUUGCUUAAGCAGGAGCUGGCCAUCCAUGAUAGUCUGUCCAACCGCACUCUUGUGAACUAUGACCCCAUGGAUGAAAUCCAGAUUGCUGAGAUCAACUCUCAAGUCCGGAGGUACCUGGAGGGGACGCUGGACGAGAUUGACAUAAUCAAUCUAAGGCAGAUUCAGGAAGUAUUCAACCAGUUCAGGGUGGUUCUGAGCCAACAGGAACAGGAAGUAGAGUCUGCUUUGCGCAGGAAGUACACUCUCAUAGACAAAAACGACUUUGCAGCCAUUUCUGCUGUCCAGAAGGCGGGGCUUAUGGAUGUUGAAGGUCACCUAGUGGGUGAGCCUGAUGGACAAAGCUUUGGACUUGGGGUUGCUCCUUUUCCUGUCAAACCUGGGAAGAAAGCUAAGACCAAGAAGAAAGACCAGUUCAGUUCCUCAGUAAGAAAAGAAGGUGCCAGUAGCCCUGUGAGUGGCAAGGAACUUGAUAUGGCUUCUGUCUCCAAGACCCAGCUGGUCCCAUCUUCCAAAGAUGGGGAUUUCAAAGACAUGCUUGCACGAGAGAGAGAAACGUCCAGCAUUGAGCCCUCAGACUCUCCAAAGGAAGAAUCGCGUGUACCCAGACCCAGCACCCCACCCUCUAAGCCUGUGGCCUUUGAAGAGUUUAAGAAUGAACGAGGUAGUGAGAUCAACCGCAUCUUCAAAGAAAACAAAUCCAUCUUAAAUGAACGGAAGAAAAGGGCCAGCGAGACAACCCAGCGCAUCAAUGCCAUCAAGCAGGAAAUUGAUGAGACCAAAGAAGCACUCAAUUUCCAGAAAUCACUGCGGGAGAAGCAAGGAGAGUACGAGAACAAAGGCCUGAUGAUCAUCGAUGAGGAGGAAUUUCUGUUGAUCCUGAAGCUCAAAGACCUGAAGAAGCAGUAUCGAAAUGAGUACCAGGAACUUCGAGACCUCCGGGCUGAGAUCCAGUACUGCCAGCACCUGGUGGAUCAGUGCCGCCAUCGCUUGCUCAUGGAAUUUGACAUCUGGUACAAUGAGUCUUUUGUCAUCCCAGAGGACGUUCAGUCAGCACUGAGGCUAGGCAGCAGCAUCCGGCCAGGCAUGGUGCCUAUCAACAGGAUUGUGUGUCUGGGAGAAGAUGACCAGGACAUGUUCAGCCAGCUGCAGCAGACUGUCCUGCCUGAGGGUCCUGAUUCCAUCUCCUUCUACAAUGCCAAAGUCAAGACUGAACAGAAGGCUUAUGGUAAAUCAGAUCAUCAUCGUGGCCUCAGAAGAGCAUGGUGGAAAGCUGCUUAUAUCAUCAACGUGCUCAAGCCGAAAAGGCCUGGGGUGGAUCAUGAUAAAUCCUACAGGCCAUAACCCCAGUGACCUACAUCCUCCAACCUGCUCCUACCUCUUGCGUCCCACCACCUUCCAAUAAUGCUACCAAGUUAUGAAACCACUGGUGGAUAAAUCUGUUGAUUAGCUCUCAUUUUCCUAUUACGUCUCAAUGAUCAGAUCUACCCGUGGAGACUAAGCUUGCAAACACAGGAACCUAUAUGCUUUAAGGUAUAUAGUAUAUAAAGUGCUUUAUAUCCAAA